UUAACCUUGUGUAGCGGCUAGCUCGGCUCGGCUCGGCUUGACUUGAUUAGGCUCGUCUUCCCCGACACAGCUGGCGAGGAUCAGUCGAAGUUGAGUUUGGGAGAGAAUAGUUGCCUCUGCUUAAGUUUACUGUGAUAUGUGUUGUAAAAGUGUGGCUGAUUUAUGUCUCGCUUUGUGUAAACAUGUUCACAUAGUUGAAAGAUUGAACGUUGCCGGUAACUUAAAAGUAAGACCCCGUAAGUUGACGGUAAGUUGACGCAGAACAAAAGGCUCUGCAUUGCGACCCCCUCCCCCUCUGAGCUGUCAGAUUGAUUGAGUCAAUACUUGAAGAAUGAGAGGAUCAGUAUUGUACCAAGCUGUGUUGGAGUGAAGGUCCAGUUUGUGUCCAUCCAGUGAGCUGAGUGGCUGCCGGCCCAUCGAGCUGCUUGAGGUGUCUCAGAGCUGUGGAUUGCAUCAUUAUACGACAAUAGCAAUUGCAAUCAAAGCUCUCCCUCCUCCUCUUCCUCCUUCUCCUCCCCCAUUUCUUUUUCUCUAGGCCUGACUCUCCACACACACAACCCUCAGACCACUCCUCCCACGCUGGUCAUGUUCCACUCCCCCUGUCUCUCCAGCCAGUCAGGCAGUGAGUCGAUGGAAGCUGUGUAAUCCUCUGUAAAGUAUAGGGCCUAUACGGCUGCAUAUGCUCCCUUUUGUCAUGGUGGCUGUUGUUGCAGAGGCCUCCCUCAGGAGAGCACAUGAGGGAGAACAGAAGGCAGCAUAAAGCUCACAAAGGGACGAAGAGAGAGAGAGUGAGUGAGAGACACUGACGCUGCCAUUUAUUUGACCGGAGGAGAAUGAGCUUCACAGGGCAACGGAUGGCAUUCAAUGGGGGUGAAACUACAUGAUGUGGCACUGGCAUUACCAUCCCACGCCAAUCACAAAUUGGACCAACAGUCAACUUUGGAGAUAUUUGCCACAUAGUGGCCUGCAGCAAGGAAUGCAGUGAAACAGAAAAAUAGACAAGACUUGUUUUUCUUGAUUUAGAAUAUUUUUCUAUUUUUCCUCCCCUUGGUGGUUUUUUCAAUUACAGCUUACCAAAAGUGCCUUUUUGUGUCUAUUUUUUUACUCAACUUGCGCAAUAUUCAUACUCCAUAUUGCCACAAAAUAUUGCAUGUAACUUAACAUACAGUAAGUGUCACAUUCAAUGUGUGUUGCCAUAUUUUAGAGGAGGUACCUAGUAUAUUUGACUUUGCGUGGGCCAACACCAUCCUCCGUCAGUUGACAAUCAUCACUUUUCUGAACUUUGUUUCUGCUUGGGGAGAGCCUAUAUAGUUCCAGCAUUAAAUCCCUGAGAGUUGGUUUCCGCCAGACCAACGUGACUUUCUGCACUGCCUUCUCCCAACAUUUGUUGCUUUGACGACGCAGAGCCGUCGCCAUGGUCAGUAUCCAGUCCAAAUGGCGCUACCUUUUCAUGUUCCUGGGCAUCCAGCUGGUGGUCAUGGCACUGCUGUCCCGAGAGGGAUACCAGAAGAGAGUCUCCUACUUCAUCCGCAUCUUCCGCAAACCUGACACCACUGGUGUGUCGGGCUGCAACCACACAACAGCAGGCACCGCUGGAGGGGACGUAUAUGCCAACCUCUCCCACAUUUUCAAAGCUCAUAACCAUGGAGAUGAAAUGCCCUACUGCCCUAAGACGUCCCCUCUUAUAGGUGGGCCGAUUCACGUCAAGUUUCCAUCCGGGCUCACUCUAGCAGAGGUUCAGAGGAAGAAUCCACUGGUGGUGCGCGGAGGACGCUACAGGCCGCCUGACUGCGGGGCGAGGCACCGAACAGCCAUCAUCAUUCCCCACAGACACAGAGAACACCACCUUAAGUUCCUGCUAUACUACCUACAUCCUUUUCUGCAGCGACAACAACUCAACUAUGGAAUUUAUGUCAUUCACCAGGCCGGAAACUACACUUUCAACAGGGCCAAGCUGAUGAAUGUGGGUUUCCGUGAGGCCAUGAAGGAGGAAGACUGGGACUGUCUCUUCUUCCAUGAUGUGGACCUCAUUCCAGAGGACGAUCGCAACACAUACGUCUGCGACUCCAACCCCAAGCAUGCAGCCAUCGCCAUGGACAAGUUUGGCUACAAGCUUCCGUACAAGAUGUACUUUGGAGGAGUGUCAGCUCUGACACCACUGCACUACCUCAAGAUGAACGGCUUUCCCAACAACUACUGGGGCUGGGGUGGAGAGGACGACGAUAUUGGAGUCAGGGUGUCUCUGGGAGGGAUGUACAUCAGUCGUCCAUCAGUGAAGGUGGGCCGCUACAAGAUGAUCAAACACAAGCUGGACAAAGGCAAUGAUGUGAACCCAAAGAGGUUCAACAUGCUGGCCAAGACACGUCAGACCUGGAAGUUGGAUGGGAUGAACACAGCCGAAUAUGAGACAAUCUCACGGCAAUACAUGCCCCUCUACACCAACAUCACUGUCAACAUCGGCACUGAGGCCGGUCUACAUCGACCUCCCCCAACACCACCUCAUCCUGCCAAAGCUGCAGGUAAAGCUGCAGGUAAAGCUGCAGACAAACCUGCAGACAAAACUGCAGGUAAAACUGCAGACAAAGCACCUGCCGAAGUCCCAGCAAAAGGCCCAGCCAAAACCUCUGCCAAACUCGAAGAGGGCCUCUCCGAGAAGAAGUCUACCCUAAGAGACCGCUAAUCAUGUUUCACUCUGCCAUUACUUGGAUGGGAUAAUCCUAUUAGUACAUGCUGUAGGACGGUGGUUUUUCUCCUCAAUCGCCUGGAGUCCUUUUGCCCAUUUUAAGCUUUUUCGUCAGUUUAGAGGAAUUAGUGUGUGGACAGUGGGGCACUCAUUUGGGUGAUUACAGAUUUAUAAACGAAACAAAAAAACGAUUGACCUGAAUUCCUCCACCCUUAGAUGACGGCGCUCCACCUUGGUUCAUCACUGAUUCUUCUUCCAAGGGAGUCAGUGAAGAGUGGCGGGUAAAAGUUGGACUCUGUGAGUUUAUAUAUCUACAGUGCUGUGGUCGCUGGUUAAACCUUGUGAGGCCUUAGAAGCUUGUUUUUCUUUUUGUCUUUUCACUCGUACCUUACAUUAUUUAGAAUAUUGGGUUUAUUAGAGCAGUAGCUGUAAUUUCCAGCAGUCGCACUCGUUUUUCGUCUAAAUGCCAAUGAAUACAUUAGUGAAGGAGACGGUUUCCUGUUGAGUGUGUGUGUGAAGCUGCUACAAUGAAUACUGAAUGAAGGAACUUGACAGAUGUGUAUUAGUUUUAUUUCUGCUUCUGACAUAACGGCGCACAUAUCCCAUCUGUCUGCAAAUGUCUGGGUUCUUUGUUUAGAAAGGGUUCCUACACAGAUAUGCUGAUCUAUAUGUUUUGUUUUGUGUAUCAAAAGAUGGACUAAAUCUUUCUAAUGUUUUCAAAGUUAUAGAUGCUGUAAACAUAAUUUUGCCUCCUGUUAUUUUCAGUUGAAUUACUAGUGUGAAUGGAGUAAAAGUUCUGUACGCCAAGGUACAGUUUCUCUAUGUAGCGUUAGUGCAUUCAGUUUAGCCUUUUUCAAAUAUCAGCAUAUCCGAUAUCUACAUUUGAUUAGAAUUUUUUUUCCGCGCGUGUAUUUGCCUUUAUCCAAUAGAGCGGGUCUCGGUGACAGUGAUCAGUCCUCUGCCUUCAGGUGAGCAUGAGAUUCACAAUGGAGUCCGUCUUGCUUAAUAUUUCUUAAUUUAUAUUAAGAUAUAUGUUAAUGUGCAGUUUACUUGAUAUCUUAUGUUAAUGUUUCCCUGAAGAGUGCUUUCUUUCUCCCACAGCACUUUAUAUGCAGUCAAUCUUUAUACUGUAUCUUUUGCCCACCUCAUUUCCUUAAUCUAAACAUACCGUUGAGAAUUUAACUAGAAAAAGCGUUUGCUCUGCCAUUUAAAAAAAGAUUAGUAAAUGCUGCCGUUUAAAGCUCGUGUUUACAGUAGCCAAAUUAUUCCAUGUAGACAAACAAGUUUGUUCAGAAGCACCGCAUUACAAACCUCUGGGAUUGCUGUUGAUGGAAGUUUUUGCUGUUGUCACAAGGGAUCAUUGCAAUUUAGCAUUUUUUUUUUUCCCCCCUUAGUUCAAUUGAAAAAUGAUAUUGUCCUUGUUUGUGUUUUGAGGUAAUUCUAUGACAUCUUGGUCUGAUUUGAUGAUUUAAAAACCUCACAAAAUAAUGUCGAAAUGCAUCGUCGUCAAGAUAUCGAUGUGGGGUUUUCAGUCGACACAGGCUGUCAUUUUGUGAAAUUUAACUGAGAUGUGUUCAUGAUGUCCUUUUAGCAAUAUUGUUAUGCAAGUUAUAGGCUCGCAACAAGGAAACGGGCUGUUUCUUUCUCUUUUCUUUAACUCUUUUCAUUUCAAACACAUGCAAACAAUUUGUCCCGUGGUGUCAUGUCGACCCAGUUUCUCCGCAAUGCGACUCUGAAAGCCUUCACGUGGAGACAUCUGCCAUUUCCUUCCCACUUGUGCCCGUACACUGCAUGUCGGCUCUCCGCCAUCCUUCUCUUCGCUUCUCUCCACUCUGACAGAUUUGAUUGUAAACGCGUGAAAAAGAAACGGUACCUUCAUCCAGUGAGAGACGCUGUACUGGCAGGUGUACAGGUUGAAACCAAAGACGACUGAAUGGAAAGCUUUGACGGAUAAAAAGUGUGCGUGUGUGUGUGUGUGUGUGUGUGUGUGUGUAUAUAUACAGUAUACCUUGUUUGUUGUUCUAAUGGACAGACCUAUCAUCUCUUCCUAUCAUUAUUUGUAGCAUCUUUCAAUACUGUGUACAAAUAAUCUCAAACCAGCAUUUAUUCAGAUUUCUUUUCAUUUACAAUCCACAAAUAAUUUUUGUUUUGUGAAGAGAUGAAGAUAGUUCAUGAUGAUUUCUAAGUGAUAUUUUUUUUUCAACUGUACUGAAAAUGUAUUGUUAUCCUCAUGUCAUUGUGGCAUUUGCUGCUGAAGUGGAAGAGGCGAGCUCUGAGAGUGGUUUCCUGUGAUUUUCCU